AUGUUACACGAUUUCCUUUCUUUGUCGCUACUUGACAGGUGUCUGCCGGGGCGGAAGCACAAUGGUUUGUCUGCGACUACUAUUGGUGCCUGUUCCUGGUUCCCUGUCGACGUCUUCCUUUCCAGUACAGAGUACUGGACUGGUCCCGGUCCGUUCAAUCGGACGGGUAAGGAGGACGGGACGAAUCCGUGCGACAACGCAGGCUACCUGACAUCUGCGAUGCAGGGUAGUCUCAAUUUUGCGACACACAGCGGCACACUCGGCGAUGCGACCAAAGAGAGCGACAAAGGCGAAAGAAAGAAAAGAGGCACUGCCCGCGCCCGACUUGCCAGCGCCCGUCCGUGA